AUGGAGCUGUGGAAAAUAAGUAUAUUUGCAAUAAUAGCCAUUUAUUAUUGUAGUCAAGUCAACUUUGUUGCUGGCCUGGAAUGUUAUGUUUGCUCCAAUCAAACGGGUAAUGUUGAAAAAUGCCUGAAUACCAUUAAAACCUGUGAACCGGGUGAAGAUGUCUGUGGCACGGAGAUUCGUUGGGGCAGCCAACCAUAUUUCUCACAGGGUGCACUGAAGCAGUAUUACGUUUCGAAACGCUGCAUGACCAAACAACGCUGUCAGGCCCAACGUAAACGUCAUAUGCCCUAUUGUACGCACAUUUGGUAUGAGGAUUGGUCGUGCCAUGAAUGCUGUCAGGGUGAUCGUUGUAAUUAUUUUGUUAUUAGUGGCUCCUCAAAACUCAAUGGUGCUAUGAGCUCAAUAUUGGGAAUAACCUUGGUUUCCAUGUUAGCUGGACUACGAAAAUUUAUUUUUUAA